AUGCCCGUAAACAAUACCAACAGCAGCACUCGCAGCGCUCCCAAAGAGAAAACCCCCAAAACCAAAUCUACAAAAUCCACCAAUGCUGGUGAAAAACUAGAGAAAAAUCCCAAAAUCAAACUUCACAAAACCGAGAAUGCCGGCGAACCAAAACAGAAAGCAGACAAUCAAUGGUUACUUAAGGUGGACGAGCGCAGCCGUUUGAAGUUCCCAAAUGGAUCUGACGGAAAACGUUAG